GUCCAGUGCCACUUCGCGUGGCUAUGCCAGCAGCACUCGCGCUGCGGCAGGGCUCGCACGGGCGAGGCUGCUCUGGAGCGGCGACAGCUGGGAUUGGUGGUUGCAGUGCGCGGGCGAGCGGGGGGCGAUCUCGCCCAGGCCUCUCGUGCGCAUCUGCGAGGGUCCCGUGCCGCUGUGCGUCGCCGAGCCGCCGCCGAACUGUGCGGAGCUGGCCCGCACCUCAGAGGUGGCGAGGCUCGCGGUCGAGGCGGGGGCGGAGCUCUGGCUGCAGCGUCGGGUCACCAACCCAGGGGCAGCGUGGCCGCUAGACCUCCUGGGGCCGCCGCCUGGGGCUGCUCGGCCCGCCGAGGCCCCCGCCGCGGGUGCCCGCCCGUUCGAGGACCUCUUCGGCGACGAGCUGGACGAGGGGCCCUCCGCCCCCAGCGGGGUGGCUGCCCUGCGCUCGCGGCUCAUGGAGUCGAAGGACCGCUUCGCAGCGCUGCGGGGCCGCGACAAAGGCGCUGCACCCCCCGCCGAGGGCGCGGCGCAGGCGGCGCCCGCGGUCGAGGUCAAGCCCAAGGUCAAGCGGGCGCAGGCGGGGGUGCUCUCGGAGCGCGCCACGAAGGUUUCUCGUGGGUGGCCGAAGCUGCCGGCAGCGCCCUCCCCCCCCGAUGGGGGCGCGCGCGGCUCGGGCGAGCGGGGGCCGACCGAGGGCGCGACGGCCGCGGCGGGUGCCUCCCGCGCAGCGCAGGGCCUUGCGAGCGCCCUCGCACGGCUGCUGGACGGGCGCCAGAGCGGCACCGAGGAGCUGGGCCUGGCGAGCUUGGCGCAGAUGGCGGGUCUCCUCGGCUCGCUGGGGGCGAUCGCGCUGCGGUGGCUCCUCACGGUGCACCUCCCGCAGCACCCCGUGCAGGAGAUCGACGUGCCCGCGUGCCGCGAGCUGCGGACGCUCGCGGAGGCGCUCGACCUCCUGGUGCAUGGGGCGCUCGGCGGCGGUUGCGGGGCGAAGUGGCCGGAGUUCACCCCGCCGCGCGACGGGCCAACCGCGCUGCGGAGCGAGGAGGGGGGGCUGAUCAGGAGCAUCCAGGCGGGCGAGCUCAAGUUGGACGAGCUGACCGCUGCCCCGCCGCGGAAGCCGCCAGCGGUGCUGGGGGGCGAGCUGGCAGAGGCGAAGGGCUCGAGGGCUCCUCGCGCCGCGCAGGCGGGCAGGGGGGGCUGCGCGGGCGCGUGGGCCGACGGCCGCGCUGCGACCUUGAAGAAGAAGGACGAGUCGAGCAAGGGGUGCCAGGCUCGCCCUGCGAGCGUCGUUGCCGAGUUGAUGAAGAAGGCCCCCCCCUGCCCAGGCGGCGGCCCGUGCCCCCUGGACGGCGAAGCGGUGAGCGUCGCCCCGCCCGAGGCGCCGUUGUCGGGCGUGGCCCAGAUCCCCUCUGCUUGCGGCGAAAGCGGCGAAGGUGUAGCAGCGCCGAGCGCCGCCAGCGGGGGGCGGCAUCAUGGCGCGGGGGCGGGCGACUCGCUGCCGCCGCUGGAGCUGGGCGCUGCCCUGGCCGAGACGGUCGUGGCUGGGGGCAGCGCUGUGGGGGCUGAGGCGGCGCUGCCUCGGCCGCUGCCGCUGUGCGAGGUGCCGGAGAGUGUGGCGGCAUGGCGCAGGAGGUCGCCCGCUGAGUUUGGUCGGCCCAUGCGACGAGUCGACCUGGCAGUCACGCUCGCGAGGUUCGCGCAGCUGCACCCUGGCACCCUGGGCCGCCUCGCAGGGCAGGCGCUCACAUUCGAGGGGGCUGCCAAGGGCCCGCGGUGUCGCCUCGCCCCCGUGGCCAAGGCGGUCGCGGCUGAGGCGUGGGCCUACAUGAGCGUGCUGGGCCUCAACCACAUGCGCUGCGGGGUCGUUCGGGAGUCGUUCCGACUCGGGGCGGCGCUGACGCUGGCGGAGGAGCCGGCCAUGCAGAACAUCCGCUCGCGGGCGGCGGAGUUUGCCUGCCCAGCAGCCCUUGGCCUGCCGAAGAGGGGGCACGCGGCGACCCUGAGCGCGAUCGACUUCGUUGACGACGAGGUGGCGCGCUGGCUGGCCGACCCCAUGCUGGCGCUCAAGGCGGAGGCGGACUUCCCUGACCCUCUCCCGAAGGUGCGGGUCAACGUCGGCUCGCAGUUCGAGUGGGAGGCCCUGGCGAUGCACCUCGUGGAGCUCGGGAUCUUCACCGUGCUUCCCGCCGAGGAGCUGGUCCACGUCCGCGGUGGGCCUCUCCUGAAUGGGCUCUUCGCAGUGGAGAAGAAGGGCGCGCCUGGGCCUGGGGCCAGCCGCGCCGCGAGGCCCAUCCUGAACAGUGUGCCUGACAACGCGCUCAUCGAGCCCCUCGUGGGGGAGGCGGCCAUGCCUGCUGGAUCCACGAGCUGGGUUUCGCUGCGCAUCCCCGAGGGGAAGCUGCUCCUGUGGUCGGGCGACGACCAGAAGGGGGCCUUCUUCGCGUGGCGGGCGUCCCGUGCACGGCGCCGCUUCGCGGCGGCGGGGCGGCCCUUGGCGGGCUCGCUCUUCGGGCGGCAGGGGCCCGAGGUGUACCUCGCGUCGGCGGUGAUCUCGAUGGGCUGGUCUCUGGCGGCCCGCUGCGCCGCCUGCCGCCGCCGCUGGGCGCGGGGCUGCCUCCGCAGGCGGAGUGGCGCAAGGGCGCGCCACGGCCCGUCGCCGCCGCUGCGGAAGGUGCAGGUCAGGGCGCGAUCCAGCUACGACAGGGCUGGCGUCGCCUACUCGGCGGAGAAGGCUCGCUGCAGGCAGCUUCGGGUCGAGCGCAUGGGGGCCGACGUCGACGGCGAGUCGGGCCGACUGGCCGCCCCCUUGGCCAAGUCGCUCGAGGCGAUCGCGCUGUGCCUAGCCUCCUUCAGGCUCGAGGCCGUGCCCUGGCGGCUCGCCGAGACGAUCCUCGGGCGCCUCGCUGGGCUCUGCGAGUUUCGGAGGCCCCUCUUCAGCGUGCUCAGCGAGGUCAGGGGGCUGAGCUCGCAGCGUGGCAACGUGAGGUUCUCGGCGGCGAUGCUCGAGGAGCUGCUGGCCGCCACGCUCGUGAUGCCGAUGGCCGCGACCUCGCUGCGGGCCAAGAUCGAUCGCAUGGCCGCGGUCUCGGGCGUGUCCGAGUUCGGCGGGGGCGCGCGCGCGUCGGUGGGCCUCCGAGCCGACGCGGAGGCCAGCCUCAGCAGCGCCUCGACGCUGGGCGAGCAGAUGCACCUGGGGGCUCGCCUGCUGAAGCUGCCCGCAGACCCCCCGGAGCCCUGGGCAGUCACCAACCCCCUCAUCCCGCGGGCCGUGGUUCCGAGGGCGCUCAAGGUGUUCCUCGUUUGCCUGUUCGACGGGAUUGGGGGCUUGGCGGCGGCUUUCUCGCGCUUGCCCGCGCGGGCCAUGGGCUACGCCACGGCGGAGACGGACGCCGAGGCGCGCAGGGUGGCGCGCCUGCGCUGGCCAGGCGCGACCGACUGGGGCAACGUGACGCGAGUGGCGGCUGCUGUCGUGAACGAGCUGCGGGACGCCUACUGCGACGAGGUCGAUCUCUGUGCGGCGGCCGCGGGCAGCCCCUGCCAGGACCUGGCCGGGCUGAACGCGUCGGGCGCGGGCUUGCCCGGCGCGAAGUCCAGCCUGUUCUACGCGGUGCCCCGCUUGCUGGAGCUCCCCAGGGCGGCGUUCGGUCACGAGCUGAAGUGGCCCAUCGAGAACCUCGCGAGCAUGGCGGCGGACAACCGGGCUGAGAUCAGCAGGGGGGGGGUGCUCGGCUUCGAUGUGAACUGCGCGUCCGCAGCCGCGAAGGGCUCGAACGAGCGCGACUGCAGCGACGCGCGGGCCUUCCUCCUGGGCAACAGCUUCAGCGUCUACGUCGCCGCGUGGCUGGCGCAGGCGGUGCUGCUGGAGGCGAAGGCGCUGAGCAGGUGGGCCGCGGUCGCGGUGGCCGCCGACAUGUGCCGAGUCGUCGGCUACGUCGUGUCGGAGGACAACCCCGCCGACGAACCGUCGAGGAGGUUGCGGCGUGGCUUGCGGCUCAGGACCGCCGCGCCCAGGCCAGGCGCCCUGCGGGCCCAGUCGCUGUUUCUGCUCCGCGUGGGCAUUGCGACGAGGCGCCGGCAUUCCGCUGCGGUCGGCAGCCUGCUGGGGCACUGCGGCGUCGCAGGAGACGGCGUCGAGGCGUUGGGCCACGAGGGCGAGAGCGCCGACUCGCUC